CAACAGACCUGUGAUGACAGAAGAUUGGAUGAUAUUAAAAUUUACAAAAACCUGUUAGUGAAGGAUUAAAAAUGGGUAAGAAGCGGCCCGGAGAGGACUCGGCGGAGACACGAACUCCGGCUAAGAAAGAAAAGGUUCCGGAGUUUAACGGGACAGCGUUUAAAGCCAUGUUAAAGGAGCCGACUACAGCCAUGAAGGGUGAGUUUAAGGCAAAAACUAUACAAAGUUUAUUUUAAAGAGGAGAAACUGACACUUGUCAGUCAUUUAUUCAUUUUUGUAUUAGUGUUUCAGCAUCAUCUCCUCUGUUUCAUUCAUUCCUGCAGGUUUAGAGACUUUCAUAUCAACCGCUAAGAAGCUGCCCUCUCCUGAUCUCUAUGAUGUGGUUGAAGGUUACAUUAAAAUCUCCAUGGAGUGUGCAGAAAUCUUUAAACUGCUGGAGACAGAGAAGUUCACAGAGAGAGAGGUGAGCAUGUAAAUCUUCUUUCUAAAUAGACGGACUCGCCCUUUAGUCCUAAACUAAAGCCUAACAGUGUUUUUUCUUCUGUCCAGAUGAUGCUGGUUUUUGAGAGUCUGGAGAUGAUUCUUUUGCGCACAGCCAGUGACCUGUCCCACUUCAGCAUGGUUGGCAAUGCUAUUGUGAAAAAGACAGUUUCCAACUGCAUGAAACGUCUGCAGGGGUCUUUCCAUUCAGAGAACCACAGGUGCUUUUUAACUUCUGCUGUUUCUGUUUAACCCUCCUCCUGUGUUAGGGUCUGCACCGACCUGUUUUUGAUUUUAACGCUUAAAAGAACCAAAUAAAUUAGCUUUUUUGCAUCAAGACUUUUUGACUUUGUCAGGAACCUCUAUUUCAAUAAAAUAAGAAUCAAUAAAUUAAGUGCUCUUAUUAAAAUUAUGGCACUUGUUGUGUUAUGGUCACUGUCAACCCGGUUAGAUCAAUAUCUAAUAAUUAGAGCAAAAACUAAAAUCAUAUGUGCACUGACAGACACCACACUGACAGUCAGAUCCUCUUCCAAUUAAGUCAGAUUCAGGAAAUUCUCAUUUUUCCGUGUUUUUCUCUGCACAAAAACAACGUCAGAUAUUUCCAGACAUGUAAAUCAAUUCAGUAAGGAUGUCUGUAUGACACAAUAUUUUCAUGGAUAAUGAAGCCUAACAAGGUAAACUAGAAAUGAGAACCAAACUGGAUGACAGAGAAUUGUUUCUAGAGUAAUUUACAGCUGAUUUAAGACACGGGUCAAAACCGACCCUGAACAUAGUGGGUGCGUAGUGAAAGCUAACACAGGAGGAAGGUUAAAUUAGGUCUUAACACACAUUUUUUCACUAAUCUGGGGUCUUCGAUCAUGCACAGGCUCGUCCGGCAGUGCCUCAGUCUCCUGUCAGCCCUCGUGUCUCAAGGUCCUGAAGCUGCCAGGGAGGUCCUGAGUCACAUCCAAGUCAACCGAGUUCUGGCAGGACUGGCAAAGAGGAGGGACAAAAAGGUGUUUAGAGGCAUUUACCAUUUACCAGCUGCAUGACUUUUGCAUUCUGUGAAAUGUUUGUUUAUGCCGUGUCUUUUCAACCUUUCAGGGAAAACCUGAUGUCCGUAUGGCUUUUAUCCAGUUUGUGCUGUCUUUCUUGGUGUCGGGAGAUAAUGCAACAAUCGUACAGCUGUUGGAAAUCAAGGGUAAUGGAAACUUAGACAUUAGAAAAGAAACAGUGUUGUCUUAACUUUGAUAUGUUAAUGAGAAGUUUGCUGGUUUGGACAGAGCUGCUGCCAGAGAUCCUGAGUACAGGUGUGAAGGAGGACAGACUGUCUGUGGUUAAUCUCAUUCUGUCCACACUGAAGAGUAAAGUAAGUGCCCAGCAGUCUAUACUUUUUAAUUAUUCACCAGUUUGUUACUUUAUUGUCUAUAAUUUUGUGAUUUUUGUUGCGGUAGGUUGUCCUGAACAAGGGCAUCAGUAAAACACAGAAAGUGCGUUUUUUCACACCGGUUGUUUUGGCCAACGUUGCCUCUCUGUAUAAGUGGAAUGGAAUCGUGGAUGCAGCGACCGAUGAAAACAAAGUGAGUGUUUAGCUUUUUGACCUCCUUAGUUGAUACACAAAGUUUUUCUUCACAUGAACUUUUACAAAAUCGAAGUCACUUUUUCAUCCAUUUUCUCGUGUAGAUGGAAGGAGACUCAGAGCACGCAGGGAUUUCUGUGGUCAGAGAACUCGUUCACAGUUUCCUGCUCGACCUGUGCUGCUCUCGUAAGCAUGGUCUCAGCUUUCACGAUGUAAGCUUUGGCACAGCUGGCAGGUGAGUAAUCAGUGUCGUCGGAGUGAUACGACCUUCUUCUGGAAACUCCACAUGCUGAUCGUUAAGAUUUGACAUUUUUCAGGGCUGGAAACAUCGUCUUGCUUCAGUUCUUGGUGGGGCUGAAGCAGGCCACGGAGGAUGAGUUGGUGGCGGAGCUGGUGGUGAAUGUGCUGAAAGCGAGUCCCGACAUGCUGGCCAGAUACUUUCAGGAGACUCAGUAUUCAUACACCCCCCGCCUCAAAAGUGCUUGGCAGGACAAUGUGAAGCUUCUGAAAAAGGUCAAAAUCUCAGUUUAUUGUUUAGUUGAAGUUUGUUUAUGUUCGGCUUUAACUCAUCAGGAAUGAAUGUGUGUUUCAGAUCUAUGAGGCCCAGCCAGAGAUUUCCACCGUCUUUCAAACCCGUGAGAUCAUCCCUCUCCCUCGCCUGCUCUCCAUGAUCAUGGUGAUAUCUGUACCUCCAGUCUGUAACAAAACCUUCUUCACGCAGGGCCUCAGUGUAAGUGACUUAGUUCACAAAACUAACUCAUGACAAAUCACCGACAACGAACCACCACACUUUGACAAAUGUCCUCCACUCUUGCGUCUGCCAGCUCACAAACACAGCGGUUCAGAUCACGACUCUGUCCAUGAUGAACUUCCUCCUAAAAAGAGUCAACAAAGAUCUGCAGUACCUCCUGGAUAAGACAGGGGGAAACCACUCAGAUAUGUACACUCCUGACAUGAUGGAGGAGUUGGUGCAGCAGUACAGGGAGACACUCAGCAAGGUGAGCUCAGAAUUGAUCUGCAUUAAUCAAUCAAUCAGUCAAACUUUAUUUAUAAAGCACUUUUCAUACAUAGAAUGUAACACAAAGGGCUGUCCAUUCAAGCAGGAGAUUAAAACAAUAAAAAAUAAAUAAAUAAAAGUACUAAGAUGACUGAGGAAACGCUAUCUUGAGUUUUUUUAAAAAUGAGAAAACACUGGACCGAGGACUAAAGCGAUAAAACUGUGAUAAGAUAUAAUAAAGGUGAUAAAACAUUAAAAGUUAAUUAAAUAAAACAAUCUUAAAAUCAAACAAUAAAAGAAAAUAAUAAAAAAAUAGGUAAUAAAACAUGAAUAAUGAUUCUAGGACUAAAACAGGGUGAAAUCACUUCAUGCAGAUUAAGAGAUUGAAACAAAAUUCAACUAAAAACGAGACUAAAAAGGUAGAUCUAGAGUUUACUUGUAAAGAUGUGAACAGUACUCCUUCAAACAACUAAUCUCUGCUUUUCCCUCUCCUCACAGAUUUUGCCUGAUAUUACAAGUGUAGUUGCAAAGUGGCAGUCGAUAAGCAAGAAGGAGAAGACGGAUGGUGAUGAAAAGAACAACAAAAACGAACAGACGGAGAGUAAAAAUGAAGCUCCAGGUAGAAAUCACAGUGAGCUACACGUUCAUUAAUUCUGACAGAGUGUCCUGAGAAGAUGUGUGAUUGAAUUUGCCUUUUUUUCUAAUUAUGAACAGUUGCUGAGACAGCGGAGAUCAUCCUGCUGAAGACUCUGAUCCUCCAGGUUAUUUGUCUUUACCAAAAAGUAGUCCCACAUCUGGUUAGCCAGUGCAAGUUUGACUUCAGCAAACUCUUGAAAGGUGAAACUUUUGUCUCUUUCGUUCAGUUCUUACAAAUAUUCAUGGAGCAAAAAUGACAAGAAAAUAAAGGGUUUUUUUUAAACAUCUCCAGGGAUUGUGUCAGAGAAGGGAAUGAGAGAAGAAGUCCCUCCUGUUUUGCAGUAUCAGAUACUGCAGUUGGCCUUGGAUCUGCCUGCCAGCAAGUUCUCCUGGUUUCGUUUACAGGUGAAGUUACAGAUUUGGAUUUUCUCAGAAAGGUGUGUCUUUCUAAAUGGGUGUGUUUUUAAAAUGUUGCUUUCUUUUUCAGGAUGUUGCAGAAACAGAGUCGUCGUCUGGAGAGAAGUCGGUACUUUACCUGCUUUUAAAAAUGUUUGUCAGCAGCAGCAGCAGCCACCUGAAGAACUCCACACGGCUGCUGGUUCUUAAAGUGAGUUCAUCUCUCUGAGCAGAUUCACAGACUUCAAUAUUUUGAAGGUUUUCACACUUAUAAUCCAGAGCAGUGUUUCUCAACUGGUGGGUCCCGACCCAAAUGUGGGUUGCAGAGACGUUCUGGAUGGGUCGCGAACAGCUGGUCAAAAAAGUAAAAAUUUAAUGCGCAUCUGAUGUUUGACAAGUCUUUUAUUUUAAAAAAUAGCUUAUUUUGAAAGGCACGCCUUAUGUCGUGGUCCUCCUCAGUUUCUUAUUAAUGUGGCCUGAAUGCAGUAAAAAUACAUGUUUUUUUAUGGUCUUUAUUUUGUGCAAUUUGAUAUUUAUUCACUUUGGUCCUUGCUGUUGCGUGGUCUUCCUCGGGUUCUUCUGAAUAUGCUCUGAAAGCAGAGAUCCAAAUAAGCCAACUUUUUCAUUUUGCUAGUCUCCAUUUUCUGCAAUUUGAUAUUUUCUGUAUUCACAACUUUAGUAGUUUAUUGUCCUCAGUUCAUGUGCUCUGAAAUGCACUUUACUCAAUAAAAUAGGUGUAUUUAUGUCAAAGAGUUGAGUUAAAUAAGAGUUAAAAGAUAAAUCUGUUUGGUUUUAAUUUUAUAAAAGUGCGUCGCAACCUGAGGACCAUGGGAAAAUGUGACCUAGAGGACAUGUUAGUCUUACAGACUGUUGUAAAAAAAUCAGGGGUAACAAAGAAGAAUAACUCAGAUCCUCAUUACACAUACAUCACCACAGGGUCAUCUAUGGUACUUGCAGAGAGUUAAAGCACAGCUUGAAUAAUGUAUUAAUUCAAAUACAAGCAAAGUAUCGGAAUAUGUUAGCACUCCUUCUGCUAAACCAACAGAGUUCAGAUAGAAAGUUCCUACAGUUCUUAAAAGAGCCUGGAGCAAAUGUACUCAGAGGUAAAGCUGCAUAUUUAUGAGUGAGAACUCGGCAGCUAAAGUUCUCCGCUGAAGUCAUCUUUGACUUAGUUUUGUUGACACUUUUCUCACUUUAAUUGCUGAUGUGUAUGCCCCACUUUGUACCCAGGUGUUGAAGGACAGCGGGGUGUUUGAGUACACCUACACUGAGCUGGAGCUUUGGCUCGACCAGCUGGCCAGGGUGGAGUCAAACCAACAAGAGACGGUCAUCCAGUUCUUGGAGAGGGUGAGCCCAGAGUUCAAACUUCACCUUCUCCUUCUGUUUCCUAAACAUUCUUAUUAUAAGAUUAAUACUGUUCAAAUUAUGACACAGUUUUAUUUACUGUAGGUAAAUUAUUAUUAAUUAUAUAAUUAUUCAUAGUAUUUAAGUAUCCCAUUUAAGGCAUGUGUUUAUAUUUAUAUAUAUAUUUUUCAUUUUCUUGUCGUAUACAGUAUUUUAUUUAUUUUUUGUAUUUUACCGGACUGCUAUGACCAUUUAAUUUCAAUUCAGGGACUAAAAAAGACAUCUAUGUAUCUAUGUAUGUAUGUAUCUAUGUAUCUAUGUCUAUCUAUCUAUCAAUCUAAUCUAUCUAAUCUAUCUUAUCUAUCUAUGUUGUCUAUAUUAUAUAUUUUAAAUCUCUGGUCUCUGAUGAAGGUUCUGGUGAAGCUGGUGUCCAGUUCGCACACGUACACAGAUAAAGUCUCCAGUCUGGUUCAGGAGGCGGCUUAUCUGCAGGCUAACCUGAGCAGCCAGGAGAGCGACGCUGCAAGUAUCCCGGUCUCACACAUCGAUGGUGAGCAUCUGAAAAGAAGAUCAUUAUUUUUCUUUCUUCUUGUAGGAAAAAGUCCUUUACAAUUCCUCCAUGUCUUCUUGUAGAUGUCUUAGACAUGCUGGAUGUCAUAAUGGAGGGAAAUGAGGGUGAGAUGGAGCAGUUUGGUCCAGCUCUGAGUGAAGACCUCAUUAUCCAGACCUUCCCCUUCAGCGUGGUGGUCCCUGCAGCUCUGGAGGCCCGAAACAAACUGCCAGCAGACCGAGGUAAAACUCUUGGUCCGUGGUUUCUGCUUUAAAAACUGGUCUCUCAGACUUAUGAAGUAUCUAUGAAGGUAAUUGUGGGUUUAUUUGUAACGUCUGUUCUCUCUCCUCAGGGGUGGUGCUUGAGUAUCUGUCAGCUGUGCUUUCAGACGUGCUGCACUGUCAGAGGGAUCCGCUCCCUCUCUGUCUGGCUCUGCUGCAGUACGAUAAAGAGCUCAUGGCCUCAGAAGACCAGUCCUCUCCUCAUCAGUCUGUCAUACGUCUUCAUCAGUAUUACUCCAAAUGGCUCCCACAGCAGAGCAGAGAGGAACUGGUCAGUUUUUUGCAGAAGAACCAGGAGAUUAUUUCACAUACUUUUGAUUUUUGUCUAAAUUUUCUUUCCCUUUUCUUUGCAGUUCAAACUCUCUGAAAGCCAAUUAGCAGAAAUGUCGACUCCCAUUUCAUUCACUGAACUGAUGAAAGCUGCGUACAGCAGAGGACUGAGCUCUCUGCUCGAGGAGGACUUCAGGAGGACUGUGGGAGAGACUCUCGCUUCCAUGUUGACGGCCGAGUUCCCAGUCGCAGUCCAGCAGAUCCUGCUCUACAUAAAAUCAACAGUGGAAAACUUUGGCACCGUAAGAUCAUCACGACACAAACGUACUGAUCAAUCAGUGUAUAUGAAAUAUAAACAUCAAAUCUUAUCCCUCUGUUCAGUUCUCCAAAAACACAGGAGUCCCUCUUCUGAAGACCUUAAUGGAAAUACUCCAGGACUUGGUGUCUAAGCUACAAGGCCUUCAGGAGACCAAAACCUCUGAGACAGCAGAGGAAAACUCACAAGAAGGUUCAGGUCUGUUCUUAGAGAUCGACCAGUUAUCUGCAGAAGAAGCCGACAAAGAGCAGGUUUGGAGAAGUUUGAUGAAUUAUAAGAUGUAUUUUUUAAGAUCUGGUUCUGGUAUCUCUACAAUAACUGAUCCACCAUCUGCGUUUAGGUCCUUCUGUCUGUGCUGAGCUCCAUCUUCAAGCAUCCCUGUUUGGAUCAGUGGUUUCUGGCUCUGGAGCUGGCUGCUCUCCCUCCUCACACUCUGAACCCUGUCAGACUCAAACACCUGUGCGCUCGGCUGAAUGAUGACAUUCUGGUCUUGCUGAAGACCUGCAGUCCCUCUCUCUGUGAUCUGGGUCGCCUGGAUCUCAUCAGCAGCUACAUGGAGGCUGUAGAAAAAGCCGUACUCAAAGAACUGAUGGAGGAGAGUUUCAGGGCUGCAAAGAAACUGUCGAAGCCUUUCCAGGCCCUCCUGUCCCUGCACAGCUACAUGGACUCCUGUAAUCUGAAAGAGCUGGUCUCCAGGCUGCUUCUCCUCCCCCACGGGAGUUUAAUCUCCCCCAGCAGUGAGGACGACACACAAGCUGAGCUCAGUGUCUACGGUCAUGCAGCUGUGCAGAUCCUUACAGAGUCGAGCGCCAACUCUCCCCAGGACUACAGUGUCUUCCUGUCUCAGACUCACCUCCAGGGCCUCAGCACCCUGCUGCUGUCCUGCUCCAGCCCCGCACUGAAGACCCUCCUGCUGCAGACUCUCCGCAGUGAACCAGGCAGCGCCAAGCUCGUCCACACAGACGUGCUGCUGCAUUGUCUCCGGCAGCUUUGCCCCGACACUCUGGACAUCAGCUGCCUGCUGCUGCAGAACUGCUCCACACACCGCCUCUGCUUCGAGGUGUGGACCCUGGAGGCCUCCAACACGGAGAGACUCUCAGACCAGUCCGACACCUUCCUCCCACUCAUAAAUACCUACCUGAAGAUGGCGGGCAGAGAGGAUCCUGCAAGGCCAAAAGAUGGUUUGUACUAAACAAGUUCACUACUGUCUCCUCACACCACCGUGGUUCUUUUUUCUUCUGUGAUUUCCAAUAAUUUAAAGAACGUUUUCAAAUUUUUGUCUCACAGUUCAAGAUGAGGUUUUGAAAGCCUUGAAGAAGACGUUAUUCUCAAAACUAACCCAGCGUGUUCUGGGAGAGCUGACAGAAGACUCUGGAGUCCAGCUGACCGAAACCCUCGCCAGUCUGAUCAAACUCUCUGCAAACACCGACGACAUGAAGGACCUGAUCUGUAACCUGCCAAAUGCUCUUCAAAAAGGAGACACUUUUGAAAGGUAACAGCAGACUGAGAAUACUUGUACCUGAGGUAUCAGUAGGGCUGGGCGAUAUGGCCUCAAAUCAGUAUCACUAUAUAUUGAUCAGUUCACCUCGAUAACGAUAAAUGGAUGAUAACUACUCCAAAAGCUGCUCACCCCCUUCCACAUUAACUUCAUCUACACCAGCUGCUACAACUUUUGAACCGUCCUCCACCUCCUCACCUGUCUUUCCCUCUUUGUUACGGACUGGAUGGGGUACACACAUCCAAAACCAGCUUUUAUUUUUUUAUUUUUUUAUUCUUAAAUCAAACAUAUUGACACGGGCGAAAUGAUGUCGGUUAAUGUCGUGAAUUUCAGUAUUGGUGAAUUUUUGGUUUAUCGCCCAGCCCUAGGUACCAGCUGCAGAUUACUGAUUGAUAUACUUACUGAUACAGAUCGCUAAAUGUUGUUUUCUGCUUCCAGAUGGCAGCUAGUAGACGUCAUCAUGGAGAAAGUGUCUGAUUGUCCAGAGGAAGGAGAAACCUGGAGGAAGUCUGUAACCAGCGCAGCCUUCAAGUGUCUCACCGCAGCUUUCAGUCUCUCUAAAGAUCAGACUUCUCCCUCAGAACAGGAGCAGAGCAUUUUGGAGAGACUUCUCGGACUGAUCGUGGGUUACUUUUCCUCUCUUAUUCUUGAUUUCUUGAUGUUCUAUCCUGAUAUAUUUAAUAGUUUAUCUUCUUUGCACAGACAACUGCUGAAAAUGUCGCCGCGUCUGAAUGGAACAGUUUUGUCAAGAAUGGACUCAAGUGAGAAAUUCGUCUUUUAGAUCAAUAAGGUCAUAAAAAAACGUCUUCUUCUUUGCUGAUCCAACACAAACUCUUCCGCUGCAGAUAUCGCUACAGAGAUCACCACUUUCUCAACACGCUGAGCAGCCUGUUGGGCGUAAUGUACGAUGGAAGUGAACCCCAGAAGGAUCUGAUACCUUUAUCCACCCUCUACAUGAUGACCAGCAGCCACUCUCUGUUCCUGCCCACCAUGUUGAACCCUGACGAAGACCAAAGCAGGUGUCAGGCCAAAGGUAUUAUGGAGAAAAAGGAGCAAAAUAAAAACCCGCAGAUAAUUGUUUAAUUCAUCAUGAAACACAAACAAUCUGUGUUUUUGUCGCUCCAGAUGCGCUCGUGUCUCUGCUUCUGUGUUUGGUGAAGAAAUGCCCAACAGUUUGUAACGUCAACCACUUCGUUGUUCUUCUUGGUGCAUAUGGAGUCACACUGAGUGCUUCAGGUAAAGCUGGAGGUUUUAAAAAACUGUGUGUCUGUUUAUGUUUGUGGUUCUUCUCUCCUCUCACGUCCUUUUUUGGUUUUCAGAUCAGAAACUGUUGCUGCUUCUUCACGAGUAUGAAAAAAACAACGUCAGUCUGCUGAAGUUUGAGUGAGUAACAUCCAUUUUUUGCAUCUUGCACAUGAAGUAAGUUCACUUCUCAAGCACAGACACUGAGCAUUUGUGUCCGUGAUGUUAGGUCCUUCAUGUGGGGUCCGGCUGCUGUGGAGCACCACAAGACCAGGAAAAGUUUAGGAGCUUCCCUGUGGAAGCAGGAGAGCCCGGACGACCUGCUGGCUCUGCUGAAACCUGACAGGAUGCUCCAGACUAUUGCGAACUUCCCCCAACAACGCAGGAUCAUUCUGCAGGUCAACUUUUAUAUCUAGAGAGUCAGAUACCAGAGUCCAAGAACUUUAAUGAUUCUAGGCUGUUAGUUCUGGGUUUGAGAAAUCCUGAGUGAAAUUUAAACCUCUCUUACUAAAUAUGUUUUUUCUCUUAUAGGAUGACAAGGAGACGCUGUUUUCCAGCAAUCUAGUCAAGGACCUGGACAAUUUGUAUGACCCCUGUUUUCUCUUGCCUCUAUUCAGCGCCAUCUUGCGUCCAGGUGAGGAUAUUUCUCUGAUGCUGUGAUUCUUUUUUUAAAACUAGUUAUGGUUGUCACCACUUCAUCACUGUUUCUGUUUGACAGAGUCUGUGAUCGACUGCCUCAAGUUUGUAUCCAGCCACGCUCUGGGAGUCACCGUGAUGGCUCUCAGUAGCUACGAUCCAAAAGUGAGAGCAGGUGCCUACCACGUCCUCAGCUGCUUCUACCAACACCUGGAGGGGGCUCGCUUUAGAGAGAAAAGACAGGUAAAAGCUCAGAGUCCGUGUGUCCGCUCUUAUUUCAUAUUUAACAGUAUUAAAUCUCCUCCAGAGAACUAAUGAGCUGUUUCAAUCAAACAGUUGCUCUACUUGAUGGAUACGGUUAAGAAUGGGAUCCGACAGCAGAACCACAGGCUGCCGUUUGUCUUGACUACUUACAUCAGUAAAGUGGCUCAGCAGAUGCUCAAACCUGGUGGGUAACUCUGAAAUGUUCUCACUGCUGUUCAUCUUCAGUAGUCAUGUUUACAUGUGCAAAAUUUCUUGAUCUGAUUAAAAAUUUGAGGGAUCGGAUGAUCUGAAUUCACUGUUUAUAUGGGCGCAAAAUCAGUUCAAAUCCGAUCAUGACGUGCGUGAACAUGCACCAAGUUUUAUUCAGAUUAUAAGCAUUUGGACAUGUGCAGAGUUUGCUGUUGUCAGAGUUUAACAAAAAAAAAAAAUGCAGAAAAAGAGUUUUAUUAAAAUUAAAAUAAUUAAAAAAAAAUGAUAAUGAUAUAUAUCGAGAAUUAAUUUUCCUCAAUAUCAAUAUAAAACAUGGUCAGUAUGCUUUUCAAUAGUCGGCAUUCUGCCAUGUUUUGGUAGACUAUACAAAUAGCCAAUAAAAAGGGGAGUUUCUCCGCGUUCGCUUCGCGCUACACCAGUCAUGUGCUGAAUUAGCACCAGGUAGCAUACAACUGCAUAGUAGCAGGCUGCAGCUACAUGCAACUAUAGCACUUAAACAGUGCAACGCCCUACAACAAAAAGUCGACGAGACUCAAAGACGUCACAGAUGCAGUAGCUUAUUGUAUUGGGAAAGACAUGCUACCAAUAAACACUGCUAAAUUUCAUUUUUAUAUUGUGAUAUAUACCAAAAUCGACUGAUAUGAAAAAAAUAUAUCGCGAUAAUCUUUUUCCCAUAUCGCCCAGCCCUACUCACUCAACUCUAUUCCUCUAAAAAGCAUGUUUUGUUGUUGCCUUGUCUGUAAACUGAAUUAUAUGAACCUAACAGUGUUUUUUUUUCUCCCCUCAGAGGACCACAUGUAUGUGGUGUUAAACCGGUUCCUGCUGUCCCAACAGAGUCUGGAUUUCAGGAGGGUCCCGGAGUUCUUCAAACUCUUCUACGGUUUUGACUUGGAGGUAAAGUGUUUUGGUGAAUUUGACCCUGAAGAGAUAAAUGUCUGUCUUGCGUCAACAACAUUCAACCUUCAUGGGUUUGUUUUUGCAGACCGGUGUUGUUGAUUUUUGGCUGUUUGUUUUCUCUGCAGCAUAAAACAGAGAGAGAGUGGAUCCUGAGUGUGCUGGAGGAAGGACUGAGUGACGGACACUGCUAUGAGCUGUGUGACCAACAAGGCAUCUUUCAGACCCUUUUAGGUUUCAGCAGCAGCCCUCUGUGUGAUGAUCGCUCCCAGGUACACACUGUUAGGACACAUUAGCAGUUUAGGCAGAUUGAUUACAGCUUCAGAUUUGGAGACCGAAAAUGAAAAAAAGAAGAAAUACGGAGAAAGUAACACACUCUCUCUGUGUCUCUCUGUUAUAGUUACAGAUUAUCAGGGUGAUGUGUCAGGUGACCCGUGUGACCAAAGCAGCUUAUAAUCUCACUAAGAGUUGUGGACUCCUGACAUGGAUGAUACAGAUGGUUGAAAAAAAGUAAGUCCAGUCCAAACCGCAGCUCUGUAUUUUUACUUUAUCACCGCUCUGCUCGACAAUAAUCCCCUCGACCGGUUUAAAGUCUGAAUUUAUGACUCUCUCAGGAAUCUGGACCAGCAGCUGUUGGGCGCCAUCGUAGACCUGCUCCAUGUGCUGUGGUUUACUAACCUCGGGCAGAAGGAGAAGCAGGUGGACGGGGGACAGACCUCCACUUCAGAGAAACCCCAUCAGCGCCCAGUCAAGUGUCUGCCACUCCCACUCAUCAGUGAUUUCCUCAGUGUGGCUUUAGUAGUCAGUAGACGCCUCAGGUAAAGCUUCACACAGGCCAGAUUCUGGAAAUUAAGCAGCUUUGAUGGAUGUUCAGGUCUUUGGUCAAGGGUGUCAGUGUUUGUUUGCUCCCCUCUCUCCGGUCAGGCUCCGUGUGAAGGCCGCUCAGCUCAGCCUGUUUCUGCAGACUCUCAGCUCCAUACUGAAGCAUCGUGGGACGGCUCUCAGGGUAAACAAACAGGCGGACUGGCUCACGCUGCACCCACAGCCUCUCUCUUCAGCCGAGACCCUCACUCUGCUUCUCUGCUGGGCCUCCCUGUCCCACAAUGCAGCACUGCAAACUCAAAUACAAGCUUUGUGUGAAAAGCACAAAGUGAAGGAGUUGCUGGGUGAGUAUAAGAUGACGUUGCACAGAAACCUGUCUACAUAACAAAAUAAAAAGUAACAGUUUACCUUUACAAACAAAAAAAAUGAUGCAGGCUGAAGUCUUUGUGCUGAAUUGUGUUUGCUCUCUCAACAUAAUCAGCCUAGUCUCCGUUUUUUUUUUUUGCUUUCUUCUCAGUGAUUGGGAAGGAAAAGACUCGAGGUAAAAGCUCUGUUUCCAAAACCCGCGCACAGCAAGAGAAUCUGGCAGAGGACACCGAGACUAAGAAACAAGAGGAGAGUCUCCUGACAGAGUGUAAAUCUUACCUCAGCGGGAUCUUUGUUCACUGGGAGCCUGAGCUUCCCCUCCCUGAACCCCAGCCAGCUCAGCCCAGGGACCGACCGGGUCCCAGUGGGUUGGCCGUAGACACAGCGCACCUGCUCACCAAGUGGUCCCUGAGGUGUUUGGUGGAGGACUCUUAUGAGGAAAACAGAACAAAAGAAUUCUUGAACUGGGUUGAAAAGGCCGUGGUUAAGCACAAGGAGAUUGUGGAUGUCAUCCUGAUGGAUCCCGGCUUAAAAGCAGACCUUCUUCGAGUCUACCAUCAAACUCAGUGUCACUCCAGUUCAUCAGUGAGAGGAGAAACCAUCCAGAUGUUUACCAACAUUAUGAUGCACUUCCUGGAGAGCCAAGGCCACCUUCCAGAGCUGCACCAAGCUGUCGUCUCUGCCUGCCUGACCGAGGCCUCUCAGGAUCAGUGUCAACGCGGUAAGAGCCUCGUGACUCACCGACAGACUCACUCCAGACGUAUCACAUCAGAGUUGUAACAAUAUAUGACCUCAGCUCUGUAUUAAAAUAACUUAACAUGAAAAUAAAUGAAGAGUUGAGCCAUUGACCCUGUGUGUAUUUAAUCAGAGAUGUGAGCAAAUUUUAAGUAACAUGAGGAAAAAGAAAAAGAAAUUUUGAGUUUUGUAAAGUUUAUUGUAGUUUCCAUCAAACCACAUCAGUCAUUUUACCAUAAAAUACUUCAAGAAGUUAGUUAAGCAUCAUGACAGAAUCUGUGCUGCAAGAUACGUAAUGCUGCUGGAGGGGAAAUAAAAAUAAAACCCUUCAACAAAAUGUGACACCCUUACAGAAAAUCACCACUGAUUCGAUCGUGUUGUUUUCUCUUUUCCAGAAGCAGGCCUGUGUCUGUUGUCGCUGUACAUCCAUGAGUUGUGGAGCGGAGCCUCAUCAGCAGACCUCUUCCUGUCUCACAUCAGUUUGGUGACCAGAGCCAAAUGUAAGAAACGGAAAUCAUCUAAAUCAUCAGCGCCUCAAACGGCCGUCAGAGCCAUCUGUAACAACAUCAUCACCACCAUGAAGAGUUAGAUCGACCCUCUGUUUUCUUUCUGUUCAACUCAAGGAUUACAAGUUUAUCUUGUAGUCGCUCCUUUAA